GGCGAGAGGGAGAAGUUGUCCAAGGCGCGUACGGAAGGCAGGAGCUAAUUGAGCUCCCUUUUUCCCCUUAUUAAACGCUAGUUCCGAACUGAAAUAUCUCGAGCUCAGCUUUUUGGGUAUUUUUUUUCUUACCGUCCACUGAGUUGCUUUUGGGUGAAUUUGUUUCGCUGCACCUGCCCCGAGGAUACAGCGGUUCAUCCGCGCGUCCGUGCGGGAUCUGGAGUGAGACGAUCCAGCUGCGCAGGAGGGCUCCCCCGCGGACCGAGUCAUGAGAAACUGGAGAAAUACCUCCGUUUUUUCCCUGUACACCUGAAGUCUGUGUGGAUUAAGUGUCUGCGUUUUUUUUUUAAGAGACAAACAGGACUGUCAAAUUUCUCUUGCCUUCACGUCAGGAUUUUUUUUCGGACAUUUGGAAUAUAAAAAAACAACAAAAACAAAAGUUAUUGCUUCAUUUUUUUCCUGUCGGCUUGGAUUUGGAGGAAGUUGGAAAGAUGUCUUCAUGCGACUGUUUGAGAUUGGUCGUUGUCAUCUUGUGCUGUUCCUCACUCACAAUUGGACACCCGGAGAGAGAGCAACCGCCCAAGAUUGUGCCCUCUGACAAUCCAGUCAUUCUUCACAAGGGUGGUUCGUUAGGCCUCGUUUGCAGAGGUCAUGCCCCCCUGUACUGGAAGAUCAGCGAAGCCCUGCGGCCGGACGCCAGGGAGGAACGAUGUAAAGCCAGACGUCACUCGCACUGCAGCAGACUGAUCGUCCCAAACGCGAUUGCCAAUCACACCGGAAGAUACGAAUGUGCGUACAACAAAUCCCGUUCGGACCAAGUUGCCUCGACCUACGUCUUUGUCAAAGAUCCGGAGCAGCCAUUUGUGGAGUAUCAGGAUUCAGUCCCACACUUUGUGGGCAUCUACAGGCAUGAGACCAGCCUUUUGAUCCCCUGCCGAACAACCUCCCCUGACAUUGCUGUUACCCUGACAUCGGAACCCGCUUUAACAGACGACAUCAUAAGGCAAAUGGUGUGGGAUCCAAAGGAGGGAUUCAGGAUUCCCUAUGGUGAAUAUACGUGGCACGGAAUGCUGGAAUGCAACACCGUGGUCAACGGCCGCUCAUUCAAGUCCAUCUACAUCCCCUUUAGGCUGACUAAUGUUCUGAAUAAAGUGGAGAUUAAGCCUGAAUUUUCUAGAGUGGCAGUUGGACACACCCUUGUCCUCAAAUGCAUUGGCGAGACCACCUACAAUGGGAGACUGAGUUUCAGCUGGGAUUUUCCUGGGAAGAACGAAUAUAGAUAUGGCGCACUGGAUUUGAAACGCAAUAUCGCUAAAGAUCUUGUCAUGGGUAAUACUUUAACUGUACAAAACAUCACUAUGGAGCAUAGUGGAGAGUACCGCUGCAAAGCUCAGCUUGAAGACACAAUUUACAAGAUUGCUUCAGCAAAAGUCCUUGUCUUUGAGCAUCCAUUCCUGCACAUUAACUACAGGUAUAGGUGGCAGUAUUUAAUAACUGUCAGCGAAGGCACCAAGAAAGUUGUGCUUGAGCCCAAAGUGGAUGCUGUGCCUAAACCAACCAGCAUAAAAUGGCUCAAAGAUGGAGUCCCUCUCAGUGAGAAUUCCUCUUGUUACAAGACGCACGGCUAUGACUUGGACAUCAUGGAUGUACAGUUGAAGCACGCUGGUGUCUACACCGUACUCAUGCGCAACGAACCGACUGGUCCGUACAAGAAUCUGAGCUACACUCUGGUAGUCCAUGUGAGGCCAACUAUAUCCGAGGCAGAGAUUGCUAAUGUGGAUGUUGAACCUUACGUGUUGGGCAAACAGCACCAGCUGACCUGCACUGCGUACGGGAAGCCCUUGCCAAUAAUCACUUGGUACUGGCAGCCGUGCCACUCCGACCACACCAUUAAUACUUGCUUUGCUUCUACUAAACGAUUCCUGGUUACCCCUAAUGGUGGAGGAAAUAACACCCAUAACUGGAUUAGAAGCAUAAAUAGAAAGCCCGAACUGGUUCAAGGAAAAAACAAGACUGUGAGUACCCUGGUGAUCGGAGAGGCUCGUGUGUCUGGACAUUACACAUGUGAGGCCUGGAACCAGGAUGGAAUAGACACCAUGACCAUGCCUUUCUACGUUGAUGAUCACCAGGAGGAAAUUAAAGUGGAGCCUGAGACGGCCAUCGAGGGGUAUAAUCUCACCCUGACCUGUCGGGCGACCCGUCACCUCUACACCGACCUGCAGUGGGUGGAUUCCUGGAAUCACACCGUCACUUCUAACGUGUCAAGUCUGCAGAUAAGCAGCUACUCCAUUUCCAUUUCACUCUACCUGCAAAAUGUGUCCCAGACGAGCAUCGCGGGCUUCAAAUGCCAGGGACACAAGCAGGACAAGAGGGUCAAAUACAAGAGCGUUGCACUGCGAGUAGAUGCAAGACAGCGGCCAUGGCUGAGUCAAAAUCUAACCAAUCAGGAAGUAAACAGCAGCAGCAUCCUGUCGCUUGAGUGCGUUGCUUUUGGAGUUCCUCGUCCCAUCGUCAAGUGGUAUAAAAAUGGAGUUCUAGUGGAAGCGAGUCCAGGCAUCACCCUGGAAGGCGUUGGUGGUCUGACCAUCGAAAGGGUGAAGAAAGAUGACGAGGGUCUGUACGAGUGUGUGGCCAGCAGCAAAGAGGGUGUCGCAAAAACAAGCACCUACAUUACCGUGCUCGGAGACGAAGGGAAGGCGAACGUUGAGGUCAUAAUUCUGGUGUGUACGGGAGCGGCGGCCACUUUCCUCUGGCUCAUGCUCAUCCUGUUCAUUCGCAAGCUGCGGAAGCAACCAGCGCACUACAAAAUGGGUCCAUCCAUCAUCAUCGAUCCUGACGAAUACCCUCUGGACGAGCAGAAUGACCUCCUUCAGUAUGACAGCAGCAAAUGGGAGUUUCCCCGUGACCGCCUACGACUCGGCAAAACUCUCGGCCACGGGGCUUUUGGAAAAGUGGUUGAAGCUUCUGCCUUUGGGAUCGACAAGCUCUCCACCUGCAAGACGGUUGCAGUCAAAAUGCUGAAAGGAGGUGCAACAUCAAAUGAACGCAAAGCUCUCAUGUCAGAGCUGAAGAUCCUGAUUCACAUUGGCCAUCACCUGAAUGUGGUUAACCUGCUGGGUGCCUGCACGAAACCCGGAGGACCAUUGAUGAUGAUUGUGGAGUUCUGCAAAUAUGGCAACUUGUCCAAUUAUUUAAGGAGCAAGAGAGAUGAUUUUAUUGUCUAUAGGAACCAGGACGGUAAGGUGGUGUCGUCCGGGUCCGGCGGCUGCGAGCUGAGUGAGCUGAUGAAGCGCCGCCUGGAGAGCGUGGCCAGCACAGGAAGCUCGGCCAGCUCCGGCUUCAUCGAAGAUAAGAGCUACUGCGACUCGGAGGAAGAGGAAGACGAAACGGAGGAUUUAUAUAAGCGGAUCUUGACACUGGAAGAUUUAAUUUGCUACAGUUUCCAAGUUGCAAAAGGCAUGGAGUUCUUGGCUUCGCGCAAGUGCAUUCAUCGUGAUUUGGCUGCGCGGAACAUCCUCCUCUCUGAGAACAACGUUGUGAAGAUCUGUGAUUUUGGACUUGCCAGAGACAUCUACAAAGACCCCGAUUAUGUGCGCAAAGGAGAUGCUCGACUGCCGCUCAAGUGGAUGGCACCUGAAGCCAUUUUUGAUAAGAUCUACACGACUCAGAGUGAUGUUUGGUCCUUUGGCGUUCUCAUGUGGGAGAUCUUUUCUCUGGGUGCCUCGCCGUACCCCGGCGUCCAGAUUGAUGAAGAAUUUUGCUGCAGACUAAAAGAAGGGACCAGGAUGAGAGCCCCAGAAUACUCCUCCUCAGAAAUAUAUCAGACCAUGCUGGACUGCUGGCAGGGCGAGCCGCAGGAGCGGCCCACCUUCACUGAGCUGGUGGAGAGGCUGGGAGACCUGCUCCAGGCCAGUGUGCAGCAGGAAGGGAAGCACUACAUACCCAUCAACACGGCCCUGCUGGGGAAGGUGGGGGACCAGACGGCCGCAGCGCCAACGGAGGAGAUCCCCACCCGGCCCGUCUCCCACCGCGACUCGGGCAGCAACUGGAACAUCAAGAUCCGUCCAGCGAGUGUGAAGACCUUCGACGAGGUCACCACGGAGAACGGCACAAACGAGAACCACGAGGGUCACUCGGACAGUGGGAUGGGCCUGUCGUCCGACAACAUGAAGACACUGAUGCGCUUCGAGUCGCUGGCAGGCCGACCCCUGAGCAUCAUGGCUCUGGCGAUGAAGGCGGUGAGUAAGAGUAAAGAGUCGGUGCUGUGUGACGUGGAGAAGGACAAGUAUCCGUCCUCCGUUCCCCCUCUGGACUUCAGUCUGGACGACUCGGCUCUGGACGCCGGUCUGGAGUGUCACAGCCCGCCGCCCGACUACAACUACGUGGUGCGCUACUCCACCCCUCCUGUGUAGCCUCCCGGCGCUUCCUCUGGGAAUCUGAGACUCUUCACCUCAAGGCCUUUCACUCUGCGCGCCUCCGCGUUAACUCUUUGACCUCCGGACUUUUCUGCAGCCGCUCUCCAAGAGGAAAACCCCGACCUUCCUUCUACCGGCGCUUAGAAAACCGCAUCCAGUAAACCGACUCCACUGUUUCCAGAGAAAAACCUGCAGGCUGUUGAUUUGUUUCCAGCUUUUCGGACGUCUGCGCCGCACAUUCACUGUGACAUGUCAGCCAGCUGAAAACAGGCUCAGGUGUUUCUUUGAUCUACUGUGAAAUAAAGUCCCGUGACUCAACCCAGCCAAACCUGCCACCAUGAUGACGAUGAAGAAGAAGAGGAGAAAUCACUUGAGAGGAAAAACAGAGGAUUGCCGAGGCUGUUCAUUUUUGUUUUUUAAUUACAUAAAAACUGGAAAAUAAUUUGCAAAUAUUUUUAAGAAAGAGCAUUAUUUUUCUGUCCAUGGGAAAGUUUUGAUGAAGAAAACAAAACACUUUUAUUACGAAGUUGUGUAUUUUUUAAAAUAUGCUAUAAUGUUGUCAAAAAUCAACAUAUUCAAAGGAGGAAACGCAAAAACACAAGGUUCAGAUUUAAACAUGGAAUUAAAAUUAAUAGUCACUGUUUCUGAGGACUGCUACUAUCAGACUAAAGGGUUUUUUCUUUUGUUUUUUUUAAGAAAAGCAUAUCUUUAUAAUUUCAUGUGUUCAGAUUUACAGCAAGAAGCAAGACUUCAUGGGAAUUUUCUGAGAGCAGCAGUGAAACGAAAUGCGCAUUUCUCUGCUUUGUAAACACCGUCACUCAGUAAUCCAGCUUUGUAGCUCCAGUUCACAGAAGGAUUUUCCAGCUCAUUCUUCCUCUUAUCAAAACGUCCGAUCACAGUGUUUCAUCAGAGGUAUUCGCCGUUCGUGCUGCUGUAUUAACCGUUUGUGAGGGGAUUCUCCGUCCUUGUGUCGAUGAAGCUUGCCGUGCAGGCCGCACAAGUGUCCGUCCGCUGUUAUGUUUUAGCAGCGUUUUAUUCGCCAUGCAGGACGUACUGAACGGAGGCCUUCAGUCACGCCUGUGUUCGUGCACACACACCCUGCAGAAAUGCAACUAGCUCGUGUUUGUUGACCACUACAGAAAGCGUAUUUUUCAGUGAGUAAACUACAGUGGAUGUUUUGAACUUGUGCAUUUCCAAAUGUGUGUUUUUUUGUUUUUUUUGCGACCAAAUUUUUAUUUGAGGAGAAGAAGUGAUUAUGCACUGAUACUUUAUAUCGUGUUUUUUUUUUUUUUUUUGGUGUAUUUUAAAGGUAUAUUAUAACAGUGUUGAAGUUCAUAUAUUAUGAAGGCAUUUGACUUUACUUUGGUUUUUUAUUUAAUUCUAACUUGUAGAACAAAAUAGAAAAAUUAACAUGUUCAGUAUGGGUUUUUUUUCUUAUCAGCCUAACAUUGUCACUGUUAUACUAUCCAUCUAAAGGUUAUGUUCACCUCUUAAAUUUAAAAGUUAAUAUUAAUUGUAGUUUCUGAUAUUGCACCUCUUAUGACAGCAAAUAAGAGUUUUCAAGUUUGAUUUUUACUACAUUUUGCCAUAAAUCACUAACAUUUCCUGCAGCAGCUCAGACCUUUGGGUUUGUGUUUUAUUCAUGUAGCAUCACAACUUAGUUUUAAUCAAAGUAUUGUUCCCCAACACUGUUAACUGAGCGUAUGAAGUAAAUAACUGAAUAAAGAUCUAUAUAUUUAUACAUUAAAUGCGUCUCAGCUCU